AUGAAUUGGAUCGCAAGGAAUGGCAAGGAGCCCUGGGUGCCCUACCCGCGCGGCCGGGGCUGGUAUGAUCUGUGGUGGAGCCUGCACGGCGAGCGCAGCUCCCACCCGCUGCCGGGCUGGACCUAUGACCCCAGUGUGGUGCAGCUGAAAGGGGAGACGAGCAAUGCGAGCACCCAGUCGCGGCUGGACCGCUUCCUUGGGCGCCUGCCGGACUGGAGGCCUGCGCACAUGGAGGUGGUGGGUGGGGAGCGCAUCUGUGACCCGCGCACCGGGCGGGAGCUGACCCGCAUGGACUAG